AUGUUUUAUUUUAAAAAUUCAGAAAGUAUUGUUAACAACAAAAAAUUCGGUAGGAGUUUCGAUGCCGUACAUUCGGAUUUGCGUUAUAAUUUAGCGACCAAAGUCAUGAGCAACGGAGUCGAAGUCAUCGUGGCAACAGAUAAAAAAUCGAGACCUGCUUUGGAACCCGAAUAUUUAAGACUUUUAUCAAGCACGGUAACGAGACCCAUAACUUUGGCACCACACACUUUAUCAAAUCUCAUGUCGAUGGUACUUUCUUCUGAACAAGUCAAUGAAGAUCACAACAGCAUCAUGUCUCUCCUCAAUCCUUCUUUCGUAACCGACACAUAUUACACGGUUUUCAAUUACAAAACGACGACGGUCAAAAAUUCUAGCACGAACGUAUCGAACGGUAAAACGACCGUGACAAAUUAUAAAAUCAAACCGAACGGUGGCGAGAGCCAGGGUGAAGAAAUCGCACCGACAAAAACAAUAUCACUGUCGGCAAAUACGAGUCCGACGUUGGAAACGGAAGUUUACAAUACCGAAUACACGUACAUAAAUAAAUUUUUCGACGAAGAUCAACCCUUGGUGGUGUCGGCCACGCAUAACGUGUACAACACGAUCGUAGGCGGUGCUUACGACUAUCACAUGAAUUUAGAACCGUCCGAAACGUUUCCGACAACGAACACGUAUUUGAAAACGGUCGAACUGACGAAAACCUUGACGGAUGGUACGGAUGUACAGACGAUGAGUACGACCGAUGUCCUCACACAAAUCAUCGUCACAAACAAACCGGUUAAGAAAGCGACGACGAAUUUGCCAACGACUAAAAACAUUACGAAAACUUAUUUCGUGACCUAUACUUAUUUCAGUACUUACGUAGACGGUGAUAAGACGAAAGUGAAAAGUGACGUCAGCGUGAGUUCGGAUGUCACCGUGGAAAAAUAUUACAUAAAACCCAAAAAAACGGAUUCGAAAUUUUCACAAGAGAUAAAAAAAACGGAAAAGCCUAUUGAUCCGACGAGUUUUCCGUUUAACAUCGUCGCCACGAAAACGUACCUCACCGCUUUUACGUAUUACACGACGUACUUGCAAGAAGAAUCCGGGAAAGAAAACUUUCAGACCAAAGUCAAUUUGAAAACGAAAUUAGUGGAGAACACGGUGACGGAAACGUUGUCACCUCAAGAAUUCAGUUCGAAAGAUUUAAACGCGUUAACGAGUUCUCUGCGCGAAAUAACCGGUUCGAUUGUGGCGACGGCAACGCUUUUAAAAGGCGACACGAUCGUCAUAACGGCAUACAAAAGUCCGCACGCGAAAGAAUCCUCAACGUUGAAAAAACCGGAAAUCAAAAUCACAAAAACUAUCAUGCACGACGGCGAAUUAAAAACAAAAUGGCAUCAUCACGAUAACAAACAAGAUAAUGAAUCAUCCAAAACGGAAUUCACCCUUAGACCGAGUAGUUCGUCGGGAACUAAAACUAAAAUAACUUUGUUGAAAUCGUCAAAGAGUUCGUCGUCGUCCAACAUUCCCGUUGCUGAACUUUUGGUCGACGAAGGAGAAAGGGAUACGAUGGCGAUCACACCAACGAGUACGUUGUUGACGCCUACGGAAACACCUUCCGUUUCUCACUUCACCACAAGUCAGAACGAUCACGAAAAUAAAGAAAAGAAUUCGGCGAAUGCAGAAGAAAGUUACGACACCGACUCAACCGCAUCUUCGGUAAAUGAUCAAGAGACAAAAGGUGAAAAAGACGAAGAGUUCAAUUCGAUUUCGAAUGAUCAAAAAAAAGAGGAAACGAUGACGCAAUCGACUUCGAAUAUGACUAAUAAUAAUAAUGGCGGAUUAAUCACUUUAAACGUUUUGAAACCGGUUAUUAAUGCAAUGGCGGAAUUGAUACAAAACAACUUGAAUAAAAAUUCACAUUCGGCAAAUAAGAAAAACGAUACGAUUAAAAAUGACAACGGAUUGUUUGUCGACAAACAAUCCGUGAGCAAUAACGUCAAUCCUCUUCUUAAAUUUGUCAAUAAAUUUACGUCGGGAACGACGAGUAAACCCUCGUUGGAACCCAAGCCGAGAUUUACGACUCCGAGAACUCCCGUAUACAUCCCUGUGGGUAGCUUCGGUCAGGACUCUAAAUUUGUUGAAAAUCAAAACAGACGAGUACUGAUAGCCAAUGAACCGGAAAACUGGCACGAAAAAUGGAAAAACAUUCACGCUAAAAAUUUUGAAAAAAUUCGAACCCACGAUAAUCCGAUUAAUUUACUGGAAGGUGGAAUACCCAUAAGUCCCGGACAAGUCAUAACGACCAAUUCCGAUGUUAUCAUAGGGAGACCGGGUGAAUCGGGUCCGAGACCGCCAACUUUUGCUCUGAAAAACAAUAUACCGGUUGAUAUGAAACCCCCGCCGGUUCCUCCCAAUUUAUUUGCCGCCUCCGAAGAAGAUCAUUUUAUCGGACAGCACAGCACGAACAAAGGCGUCAAUCUGAGUUAUAAAAAUGGAGCGUUAAACGUUAAACCGCCGCCGUCGUCUCAUGUAUCAUCAUCAUUAUCAUUAUCAAAAGUUCAUAAUCAAAAUUUUAAAAAUUCGCGUCUUAGUUCGAACGAACGUCAAAAAAUCAGCACCCAUCAUAAAAAUUCUCAGGGUGUGGGAUCCGGUGCUAACGUGAAAUACGAUUCGGGAACGAUUGAUUUGAAUCCACCACCUGUACCACCGCCCCCGGUACCUCCUCCGAAUCGCGGUGUCCACCACCGACCUCAUUUGAAUAAUAAUCACAAGCCUCCUAAAAAACCCAUUCCUCACAAAACGCCAAAUGUCAUCCCUCCUCCUGGACCAUUGAUCGAACCCCACUUAUCUGCAGCCAAUUUAAACCCUCCGUUGAUAGCAGUUCCGGCGAUACCGAUAAUAAAUCAACCGGUACCCGUACCGAUAUUACAAUCUACUCCCACGUUAAACGUUAUCAAUCCCGAUGGUGUGUUACUAGUGCCGACUGUUGGUGACGUUUUAGAGAGUAAUGAAAAUAACGUUGUGGAUCGUUCGACGAAUCGACCAUUUUUGGUUAACAUUCAACCGUCUCAAGUGGCCAACAUCGUAAUACCUCACGGAAGUUCAACGGCUGUCAUUGUCGGCGGUGAAAAACAGCAUGCGUUAAAAGGAGAAGUAAUUGAUGAUCCUUCUCCUCAUCCGGAACCCGAAACCGUCGGUUUUGUCGGUUCUGAACCCGUAUUAAAACUCGAAAACGAUGAUAUAUCGUCUCAGAUUCACUCCAACGAAGCAUUAUCAGCUGGAAGCGUUCAAGUACCGCAAACGAGUCAAAUCGGUAACUUGCUUUUGACCACAAAUUCAAAACUGGUACAAAAUUCGGAUCAGGCAUAUUCAACUCUACAAAAUUCUUAUUUAAAUCAAUUCAGUCAAAAUCAUCAAUCGAUUUCGAACGUUUUCACCGGAAGUUUUAAUCAACAACCGGUUUCUCCGUUGAGUGGUAGCAGCACAUCAUCGUUUAAAGAUCAAUAUAAACUAAAACAAAAAGUUGAAAGUGAAGUUUUGCCUGGACGCGAUCAUCCACAUAAACUACAAAACAACGACGUGAAAUCGACAAAUGAAAAUAUCAGGUUCGGGUCAUCCGAAUUGACGAAACAUCAACAACAAAGCGGGGAAAUUCAAAACGUUUACAAUCCUCACCAACAGGAACCUGGUAUCAAUGGCGGCGUGUCAAACGUUCACGCCACUCUAGGGUCCAAUCAUAAUUUCGAUGAAAAAUAUUUAAAACAAAUACAAAAUUUUAAUGGAGGAACAUUGUAUCCGUUGCCUCCGAAUGGUUUGUACGCUCCCCAAAUAAAUUAUAAUUACGGUCAAAAUUUGAACGGGGGAGAAAUUCUCGUUGGAACGUCAUUCGUCAAUCAUUCACCCGGUCAACCCGGUACGAUUUCUCAUUCAGGAAGUGAUUUAUUUACAACUUCAUCAAAUUAUCAAAAUAAGACAACUUCUCAAGAUAUUCCCAACAAGAUUUCUGGACAAAAUGUAAAAGGUUCUUCUCAAAGGAAAGAAACGAAUCCGUUGAAAGAUAUAUUGAUGAGUUACACGGAGGAGAAAGAGAAUUUAAAGACUCAAAAUUCAAAAACUGUUCAAAAUCAAGGUCAAAAUUUUAACAAGGGUCAUCCGAACGAUUUUACCAACGAUCUUUCGCCUCCUCCUUUGCCACACAGGCCCAUGUUCAUGACACCCCAUCAAGUACAAAAUUCUCAACAGAGGUAUCCUCAUUUGCCGCAUAAAAAUUUACCGACUCCUCUUGAAUUUAUGGUACCGCCACCGAAAACUCCCGUCCGUCACAAACCCAACAAACCUCACGGAGUUAUAGAACCGCACGCGAGACCUGUGAUUCCCGUGGGUGCUAAUGCUCCUAUUCAAAACUAUCCACAUCCUAGACCCGACGAAAUGGUCAUCUUGCCAAAUAAAAAUCGCGUUGAAUAUUCGGAAAAUGGUUUUAUUAAUCAAAUCAAAACCCAACAGCAGCAGCAACAACAACAGCAACAACAGCUGCAGCAGGACCAACAUCAAAUUUCACCAAUGACUGUCGUUUACUACGAUUUGGAUGCUAGUGACACGAACGAACCCUACAGAACGGAUAAUUCGGACGAACGCGAAUCGUUUUCAAGGCCGACACAACUUCCAAAUCAAUAUCCGACGGAUUACUCACAAUUCAAUAAAAAUUCGAAUCAAUCUCACUCGACCGGAAGUCAUUUGUUACCGCCAAACUUUUUACCCGGUAAAGUAAUUCAAACUCAGCAGCAGAAGCAGCACGACUCACACGUUUCCCAAUCCGACAGUGAUAAAACUCACGUGAAAUCAGAAACGAAAUAUCAUCAUUCGUAUAAUUUGAAAAACGUUUCGAAUGCGCCGCCAUUUUAUAAUCACGGACCGAUAAUUAAAAACAAAACCGAACAAAAUGAAUUAUUUAAACCCGGAGAUUAUCCAGCGAAUUCUUACGAAAAUUAUUUAAUCCGAAACCCUUCGAUUCACAAUAAUAAUAAUAAUAAUAAUAUUAAUAAUAAUAAUUUUAAAAAUCAUAAAGAAUUUUACUCGUCCGUGAGUGAAAGUGAAAAUUCAAACGCGAACCUUCAUUUGAAAAAUCAAGAAGAAGAAUCCGUUAAAAAUCCGACAAAAAGUUCAGGCGGUAAAAUACCGACGGAAAUAAAACCGAUCAAAUUAAAUGUUUUAUUUGACGAUUCGAACGCGAGCGUUAAUUAUCAAUUGAACCCGCCGAACGUUCACACGUCGAAUCACGUUAAAAAUGGUAACGUUUUCGGCGUCAGACCGCAGUACAUAAAUCAAGAAUUAUUUCCAUACGGUUCGGUGCAAGACGGAGUUAAAUCGACACCAGAACAAAAUUUGAAAAAUCCAUCAAAGGACUCAUUGGGAUCAUCAUCGCAAACUGAAUCAGUCGUCGGUCAAAGUCUAGAAUCGAACAUCUACGGCAAUAAGAUAAAAGUUCACAAACCUAACGAGGAAUCGUUGAACGGGUCAAAAGGUCAUUCAAACAACCCAAGUGAAAAAUACGAUUCGUCGAAAAGAACGCAAACGCAACAACAAAAUCAUUCGAAACCUUUCGCGAGUCCUGAAAAUCAAAGGCCUUUUAAAAAUUUCGGUCAUUCUGCUACGUCACAAAAUAAUAGAAAUAAAGUCGUCGUCGGUUAUCCGACGAUUACGAAUGUACCUGCACACGCCGCCGCGGAUUCGAACUCCCAGGAAUUAUUCGAUCAAAGUAACAAUAAUAACGUACACGGAAAACGACCUCUCGAUUUUACGAAACCCGGAAAUGUAAAUAAAAUCAAAAUACCCGCGGAUGUUUCCGGUCAGAAUAAAAUCACAAACGAAAGUAAAGAAACUGAAAAUGUUAAACCUUCCGUCGGUGUACCAGUGAAAGGCCAUUCUGGUAUACGUACAAAUAUUACCAACGUUCAAAAAUACCAAACAGAUCAAUACGGUAACAAAACAAUAAAUUUUUUCGAAUAUAAACCGAAUUAUGACGUAACCGAAAUUCAAAAUGGCAACGAUGCCAAUAAAUGGUUCGGAGGUAAUUUUCAUCACAAUAAUAAUAAUCGAUACGGUUACGAUUACAACGUAUCGAUUCCUUCGGCGAUAAAUCAAUUAUUGCUCAACGGCGAUAAUCAAUACAAUUUGAGCAGUUCGAUUAAUCCGAUGAUGGGAGUUCCGUCGGAUAUUCAAAUGACACUCAUGACGCCUCCCAAAGCACCGGAAAAUAAUAAGAAAGUAGAAGAAGUCAUGGGUUUGUCUCCUCCCCCUAUUGAACGUCCGAGACGACCGUUGAGACCUCACAGACCGCAACGUCCGAAACCCGGUCACAAAUUUGAAAUACCGACCACUACAAAAACCAUUUUGUCACCGAUCGCCAUGGAUGCUGACUUCCCACCGGUUCGUUCUCCGAAUUUCAAUAGGAAACCGGUUAAUCCGCAAGAUAUAUUUCCUCCGAGAUUACCCGAUGAUUUUAUUCAUCACGUACCGGAUUAUCCGAUUCGAACAACGCCCAAAACGCCUAAACCCUCCCUGAAACCUAUCGAUGAUUUAUCUAUCGGCGUGCCGACUCCAACUCCGCAAAAUACAACGAUAACCGCGAGCGAAGAAGAAGUAGAACACGAAGGAGAGCCAUAUUUUGCAGAAUCUGAAAUAAACGGUCAUUCUAAACCGAUCGAUAAUGAUCAAUUGCCAUCUACCGUUCGACGCCCACCACCAUCGGUCAACAACUUGAGUAAAAUUAAUAACGUUUCGUCGAUUUCGACGAUCGAUCAUGAGGAAAUCAACACGAAACAAAAACCUCAUUCGACGAUACAUCGAAAUAAAGACAGCACGACGGUGUCACCGACGACAGACGACCUCGUCAUAUCUCCGACGUCAACAAUUUCGGUCACGAAAACUUAUAAGACGAGAGUUAGUACGUCAGUCAUUCCGACGGCUACUGAACCGUACUCUGAUUGGCAUAACACCGACAUAAUUACUGGUUCGGAAACAAUUUUCGACGUGGAUCACUUUAGCAGUCACGGAACUCCGACGAUAAAAAGUGUUACAAACAAAAAAAAUAUUGUCACGUCGAUAUUAAGCUCGGGAUCGACGACCAUAUUCGGUGAAUUGUACACUCCGAAACCGAAUCUCAUCUUGGAAACCAAAUACAAUGUUUCGCCAGGAAUUAGAAAAAGCGAGGGUUCUGCCAAUAAGAAAAUCGAUAAUAAUAAAAAUGAUAAACAAUCGACGGAAAUUGUUGUCGCACCGGUAAUCAUACCCACUCGAACGACCACCUUAACCGUCACGACGACGAUGACGACGGUGGUGCAUAGUUUGGGUCAUAAACCUCUCACGAAAACGGUCGUUUUGACUAAAACUUUAAUAUCGACCGUUUUUAAUAAGAUCACGGAAACUAAAACAUUAGUCAAACCGACAACGUCGACGUUGAUUCAAACCCAUACAAUCGCAACAACCAAAACAACUCUCGUCGUUCCGACUGGUUUAUAUCCUCCGCAAAAUAAAUAUCCCGCGGGAGGAACGUUAAAACCAGAGAUUUUCGUUGCCGACCCACAUGCUAAAGACACUAUGACCAUAUCCGUAUCAUCUUCUUUCAACAAGUACAACAACAACAACAACAACAACACGGAACAAAACGAUCAAACCGGUGACGAUUCCAUCAUGGUCGUCGUAUCGAACGAACAACCCUCCAAAUCCGACCACGCAUCCGAUAAUGGCGAUGAUGGCGACGAUCAUGAUGACGAUGAUGAUGCCUCGGAGAUAAGCGACGAAGAAAAUGACGUGUCCCAUUCCAGAGUUCUCGUCGGUGGAAUAUUUAACGCGAACGUUAACAAAGAAUUUACGGACAUAAGCAAAGUGGAUGAAUGUUUUCCAAAAUGCAAACCCACUAAAAACGAAUUGUGUCAAAGAAUCAAAGGUGUAUUAAAAUGCGUUUGUCGACCUGGAUUUGCUAGAAUGUUCCCGGACAGGCCUUGUGGACCAACUUACACGUACAAAGUCAAAUUAGCUCUGGAUAAACUCGGUACGGAAAAAAUAAAUUACGAAAAAAAUGUCGCGCAAACAAAUUCCGCAGACAUGUCUAAACUCAUGACCGUCACAAAGGAAGGUUUGGACAGGAUGAUCAUGCAAAGCGAAUUAAGAGAUGUUUAUCACGGCGUGAUUGUAAACGGUUUUCAGGAAAAAGAAAAAAAAGCAAUGGUCAAUUUUUACGUGCAACUUUCCGAAAACACGGACGAAAAGAAAUUGAUGGGCAUAUUUAAGAACACGUUGCAAACGAGUAACUAUAGCUUGGGUGGCACUGAACUUUUCGCCGCGAGGGAAGGUGAUAAUUUAGAUGCCGAAGAUUUCAACGAGUGUUUAAAUCCAAAAUAUCACGAUUGUUCCGAACACGCAAGAUGUUUUAACCUCAAAGGAACUUACACGUGUAGUUGCAAAGAGGGUUAUACUGACGUUUCUGAAAAUUCACUCUUUCCGGGACGUCUUUGCUCGGACACGAUCGGUUGCGAAUAUUGCGGUUAUCACGGUGCCUGCUAUCCGAAAGGUGAAGGUCAAAUGACUUGCGAAUGUUUUCAAUGGUAUUCCGGAGAAAGAUGCAAUAUAAAUUUAAAAGUUUUACUCAUUGCCCUUGUGACAAUAGGAGCCAUUUUAUUGGCUCUCUUAUUGGUUUGUGCGGUUUUAACGUGUCUCAACAAAGGAAAUAAAAAUUCAUCCGCCAACAGGAGCAGCGGUUAUUUGAGGUACAGAGGACCUUCUAGUCAUUCGAUCGACAGGCGUGCUAUGAUAGGAGAUUCAUCGUCGGAAUCUAGUUUGGAUAACAUACCGUAUUUGAAUCCGCCGCCGCCGAUAAUACCCAUGCCACCAACAAUGAUAUCGAAGAAAAAAGCCAUGUUGAGACAAGUAAAAGGACCCAUGACGAAAACAUUACCACCACCAAUGGGACCACCGCCACCACUCGACCAAAGAGAAAGGUCUGUGACGGUUAUGAUACCUAGAGCCAAAUACAGACCGGUUCCUCCUCUUUCUCCUCACAUGACAAUGUCGACAUUUUCACCGGAAAAACAUUUGCCUAAACCCGUAGGAGGGGGUACGAUUGCAACGGAACAAAAAUUGAUAAGUUAUCUCGACGGAAAUACAAAAGAAGAAAAAAUUGAGAGCGGAGAUCAACAUAAAACGUACGAUUACAAGACCACUUUGAUAGCACAAGUCAACGAACCUUCUAGAAUGAUGACGUCAGGAGGAGAUAAAAAAACCGAAUCCAAAAUAUUCGAAUACGAAUAUAAAAUAUCCAACAUGGUUUUUUCAGAUGAAACAAACAGCGCCGACAGGAGAUCCGGUAAAAGCAUCGACGACAGAUUCAGAAGACAUUCCGAUUCGACUCAUCUUCACACGGACAACAACAGAACGUUACAAUUUAGAAAAUAUUCAGCCGGAGCUUUGGUUUCGGCCGGAUAUGAAGUUUCGGCAAAAGUAGGUAUGCACAAUCAUAAUCAAUCGGAAGAAGAGGAAGGAACGGAAGAUGGAAAUUCCGCCAUAUUGAACACGCUCACGAUGAAAAGCAACCGUUCGCAAUUUACAACGCUUAACAGAACGGGAGAUCACAAAACAAUGUCGGAAGCGAGGUCUUACGACGAAACAACGGUACAUCCUCAGACUAGGUCGUUAAACACAAAUUAUUCCGGAAGUAGUCCAUCGUCUCGAGCAAACAAUGACGAAGGGCACACGAUGAUCGAAAGAGAUUUAGGGUCAACAUUUAUAAUGCCCGAAUCGCAAUUGUUCAAACCGGAACCGGAUAGGGUGAGUUAA